AGAUUACUGAGAUCGAGGAUUUGGAUGAGGCAAUGCGGAGUGCCAUUUUCGUUUCCUCAGUCGCUCAAAUUCCUCCAACGAAGGCAUUCCACCAUGACGCUACCAAGCAAAUAUCAGAAUGGCAGCAUCGACUCCGCUCUGAAGGGGGUUUAUCGAGCCUCGCCCGUUAAGCUUAUGAUCUAUGGGAGGGGCACAAGCAACCAGCUCGCGGACGUAGUUACGGAGCUUGGAGGCACCAAAGCGUUCAUCAUCACCGGACGCUCACUCUACGAAAAGACCCCGGUCAUCAAGAACAUCGAGAAGAGCUUGGGGAGCGUUCAUGGGGGUACAUUCAGCAAGAUUGGGCAACAUGCUCCAAUUGGCGACAUUCGAGAGGCGACAGGAUUGAUGUCCAAGUCAGGCUGCGACGUCUUGAUAUCAAUAGGAGGAGGUUCGCCAAUUGACUCUGCAAAGGCCAUCGCAUACAACAUUCAUCAAGAGACCGGAAAGUGGGUACCAAGCAUCGCAGUGCCUACGACGUUAAGCGUAGCCGAGACAACACAGAACGCCGGCUUCACCACUGCGGAACUGCACAAGAUCGCAGUGAGCAAUCCUGAGCUCGUCCCCAAGGCUGUGGUAUACGAUGGUGAUCUUGCUCUCCACACACCCUUGAACCUGUGGACAAGCACCGGGAUUCGGUCUCUGGACCACGCCGUUGAACUAAUGUACCACCCCCUAGCUUCCGAAAUCCCGACAAAGCGCAUGUGCCUAGAAGCCAUCAAAGACCUGUUCACCUACCUUCCCCAGUCAAAAGCCAACCCUAACGACGCCGAUGUCCGCACCAGGCUUUUCCUCGCAUGCUACUCUUCGCUCUUCCCCUUCCUUUACACCGGCGGCGUAGGUCUCAGCCACAGCAUCGGCCACGCGAUUGGGGCCACGUACGCCAUUCCUCACGGUAUUACGAGCUGUCUGAGUUUGGCCCCGACGGUGCACUUCAAGGCAAGCAAUCCUGAAGAGGCGAAGCAGAUCGCAAGGAUCAUUCCAUACAUUGGGAAGCAGAGCACCGGCAGCGACGAGAAGGACUCGCAUAUUGUCGGAGUCGCAAUAUCCGAAUUGGUUGAGCAGCUGGGGCACAAGACGAGUCUGACAGCGUACAAUGUUCCUACGGGAGACGCAGAGGAAGAAGCCAUCGCAACUCGGGCACUACACAGCAAAGACCACAAGGACUUCGGCAACCUGCUCAUCCGCGGCGAUUUGUGGCGCUUGGCGGACCCCGAAUCUCCACCGGCAUCGGGACGGCAACUGCGUCGGUAUGCUCGAUCGCGCUUAGUGGCAACAUGCAAGCUAUCAAAACGCCGUGUGGGGAACCUCAAGCUCCGCCGCCAAAAAGUUCAGCACUCACGCCUCCACAUCGCGAAUCGUGGAUUGAGGGCUGCGGAGCCGCUUGAAGCUGGAGCUGCGCUUACUGCAGGUUGCGGAAGGCAUCGUCUUGCAUCCGGAGCGCUUCUGGCUGCAUUGCAUCAUUGUAGAAUCCGCGAGCUGUCCCACAGCAGUAUUGUCGCAGGCUUCACGAUGCAGCGAACAUUCCUCUUCGCGGCUCGCCGCAGCGGGCCAGCGAUCCGCUUCUUCUCCAGCAGUGCCGUGCGCGCCGAAAUCAACAAGAUAUACCCCUCCGCACAAGAAGCCAUCAAAGACAUGAAAUCCAACACCACAGUCCUCGUCGGCGGCUUCGGGUUCUCCGGCGUCCCGAAUACCCUCAUCAAUGCGGUGCGCGACCGGCCAGAUCUGACACACUUCACAGUAGUCAGCAACAAUGCGGGUAUGCCCGGGGUUGGCUUGGGGCAGUGGUUGGAUACCAAGCAGAUCGGGAAGAUGAUUGCGAGUUACAUUGGGGACAAUAAGACGUUUGAAAGCAUGUAUUUGAAGGGCGAGCUGGAUCUGGAGUUGACGCCGCAGGGAACGAUCGCGGAGAAGUGCGCUGCGGGUGCGGCUGGUGUGCCGGCCUUUUAUACGCCUGCGGCAUAUGGGACAAUAGUACAAACCGGCGAACUUCCCGUCCGCUACAACACCGACGGCACAAUUGCGAAAAUGUCAGUACCAAAAGAGACCCGCGAGUUCAACGGCAAGGCGUACGUCAUGGAAGAAGCCAUCUUCGGCGACUAUGCCUUCGUCAAAGUCGCAAAGGCCGACCGGCUGGGAAACUGCACCUUCCGCAAGGCACAGAAUAACUUUAACGAGGCGAUGGGCAAGAACGCGAAGACGACGAUUGUAGAGGCGGACGAAAUUGUGGAGUAUGGCGAUAUCAAGCCGGAGGAUAUUCAUCUGCAGGGUAUCUACGUGAAGAAGGUGAUUAAGAGUACCGCGGAGAAAAAGAUCGAGAGGCUUGUAUUCUACAAAGAUCCCGAGGAACAGAAGAAGGCACUCCUGGAAGGAGGAAACUCUGAAGCCUCGGCGAAGCGCGAACGCAUCAUCAAGCGAGCAGCACAGGAGCUCAAGGAUGGUAUGUACGUCAAUCUCGGCAUUGGCAUGCCUCUUGCGGCCCCGGCAUUUCUUCCCAAGGGUGUCGAGAUCAUCCUGGAAUCGGAGAACGGCAUCCUUGGGAUGGGUGGCUAUCCCAAGCCUGGAGAGGAGGAUCCAGAUCUCAUCAAUGCUGGAAAGGAGACGGUCACGUUGAUUAAGGGCGCCGCCACUUUUGGCAGCCACGAGAGCUUCGGUAUGAUUAGAGCUGGCCGGAUCGAUGUGGCCAUGCUGGGAGCCAUGCAAGUCAACGAAUUCGGAGAUCUCGCCAAUUUCAUGCUUCCAGGUAAGGUCAAGGGCAUCGGCGGCGCCAUGGACCUCGUCGCAAACCCCACCCAAACCAAGGUUGUCAUCACCAUGGAACACGUCGAUAAGAAGGGCAACCCGAAGAUCCUUAAGCAGUGCACAUUCCCUCUUACGGGCCAGAAAUGCGUAUCGACCAUCAUCACUGACCUUGCCGUCUUUGAUGUAGACAGGGUGAAUGGCUUAACAUUGAAGGAGGUUGCCAAAGGCGUUACGGUCGAUGAGGUCAGGGCGAAGACUGAGGCGCCGUUCAAGGUCGCUGACGAUCUUAAAGAGAUACAGGUAUAGAUGUCAUUCAUGGGAAAACGCUUGCUUUGUUUACAUUGUGCUGCAUUGGUCAAGAGCGUAGCAUUUGGCGCUUGGAGUUUUGGCAAGAAAAUUUAUUGUUGGCGUUUGGU